AUGGGCAACUGCUGUAGCAGCGGUUUUUCUAACGACGACGCGCAUGCGGCGCCGGUGAAAGUGACUAAUGCGGGCGACAUUUCCGCUCAACCUAACGCAACCACCGAAGCGCGCCAGUUCCCUGCGGCUACCAUUCCGCAGUAUACGCCAUCCCCCGUGUCGCCCUACCGCCCAUUCCAUUCCGCGCCUAUCCGCGGAGCGACCCCCCACCAUUUUUCCGCCGUCGUUCCCGUCAGCCCUUCCCCCCCGCCUGCUCAGGUCCCCGGAAGCACAUUCACUCCACCCCCCGCCUCCUCCUUUCCCCCCUCCCCUUCCGCCAACCCUAAUUAUGGCUCCGCCGCCUCCCCUUUCGCCAGCCCUAAUAAUAGCUCCGCCGCCUCCCCUUCCGCCAACCCUAAUAACAGCUCCGCCGCCUCCCCUUCCGCCAGCCCCAGUGUUCGCGCAAAUGCCUUCUACGACUCCGCAUAUCAUGCUUCCGCUUCCGCCACUAAUUCAUCAGCGGAACCGCUUCCCCCCGCCAUAACCUCCGCGGGGUCUUCAGCCAACCAGUCCGCGGGCAGCUCCGCGGGGUCUUCCGCCAACCAGUCCGCGGGCAGCUCCGCGGGGUCUUCCGCCAGCCAGUCCGCAAACAGCUCCGCGGGGUCUUCCGCCAGCCAGUCCGCAAACAUCUCCGCGGGGUCUUCCGCCAGCCAGUCCGCGAACAGCUCCGCGGGGUCUUCCCGCGGAAGAAACUCCUCCGCUUCCCCCUCCGCCCUCCCUGUGCUCCGCGAGUUCAGCUUCGCGGAUCUGCACAUGGCGACGGGGGGGUUUGCGCGCGCCAUAGGGGAGGGGGGGUUCGGAAAGGUGUACCAAGGGCGGAUGGUGCUGCCUGCGGGCGGAAGCAGCGACACUGGCGGAAGGAGCACCGCUGGCGGGAGUUACGCCACAAGCGGAAGAAGCAGAGCUGCUAUGGGCGCAGCAUGCGGCGAGAUGAGGGAAUGUGACGUGGCAGUGAAAGUGAUGAAUGGAAAGAGUGCUACUCGUGACUUGACGAGCUUCAAGGCUGAGGUGGAAGCCAUGUCAGCAGUGAAUCAUCCCAACAUUCUAAGGCUGGAAGGCGUGGCGCUAAACACAUCCCAGGGGCCGAUGCUCGUGUAUGAGCUCAUCCCUGGAGGCGAUGUCAGGAACUUGCUCAAACAAGUCCAGAAGAAUGAUAUUUACUUCUCAUGGGAGAAUCGCAUGAAGGUGGCACUGGGGUGUGCCGAGGCGCUAGCAACCAUUCACGAGCACAAGUUCGUUCACCGCGAUUUCAAGUCGUCAAAUGUGCUUCUGCGAGAGGAUUUCACUCCGGUGGUGGCUGACUUUGGAUUGGCUCGCACAAUAGAGGACUGGAAGACACACGUGUCAACAAAAGUGGUCGGCUCGAUGGGCUACAUCGACCCGAUAUAUCUCCAGACGGGCCAACUAUGCCAAAAAUCCGACACGUUCGCGUUCGGCGUGUUUUUAUUGGAGCUUAUCUCAAGCUGCAGUCCCCUCAGCGCCGCCGUUUCCCCCCUCGCUCCACCCGGCGAGUUCACCUUCGCAGAGCUGCACGCGGCGACGGGGGGAUUCGCGGACUCACUGGCGGAAGGGGGGCAUGCAAGGGUGUACCGCGGGCGGAUGCUGCUGCCUGCGGGCGGAAGCGGCGCCACUGGCGGCGGAAGCAGCGCGGCUGCCGCUGGUUACGUCGCAGGCGGCGACGGCGAGACGAGGGAGUGCGAUGUGGCGGUCAGAGUGACGACAGGAGAACCAUUCACGACUCAACAGCUAAUUGGCUUCAUGGCUGAGGUGGCGGCCAUGUCAGCAGUGAAUCAUCCCAACAUUCUGAGGUUUGAAGGCAUGGGGAUUGACACGGAACAGAUGCCGGUUCUCGUGCAUGAGCUGAUCCCUGGAGGAGACGUCAGCGAUCUUCUCCGAAGAGUCCGGAGGAACGGAGCACGGUUUCCGUGGAAGGAUCGUGUGAAGGUGGCGCUGGGGUGUGCCGAGGCACUGGCUGUCAUUCACGACAAGGGGUUCAUUUACUGCAACUUUAAGUCGUCGAAGGUGUUCCUUCGAGAGGAUCUCACCCCUGUGGUUGCCGGCACUGGUCUGACUCGUUAUGUUGAGGAUUGGGAAAGACGUAACGAGUCAGCAGAAGCACUGGUCGGCGCGAUUGGCUCCAUCGACCCAAACUACUUUUUGACAGGCGAAAUAAGUCAGAAAUUUGACAUAUACGCGUUUGGUGCGUUUCUUCUGGAGCUCAUUUUCGGCUACAACCCCACGCUCGCACUGUAUCAAAAGCUGAAGAUUGUGGUCGGCCCCAAGGAUUUUGAUAACCCUUCUUUGGUUACAGAUCCGACCAUGGAAGGGGAAUGGGAAGUGGAGCAUGUUCUUCGAAUAAUUGCUCUGGCUCGCUCUGCCCUUAACUUUUACCCAACGGAACGGCCUCCAAUCAGUGGCAUCGCUGUAAGCCUCCGGGCACUUUGGAGCGAAAUGUAG